CUCAACCGUCACCAACAAAUUCUAUGGGUGAAUAUCUGGUUGACAGAAAUAGGAACGAAAUUGGUACAUUAAAAGAAGACAGUUUUGCUUUAAAUGACCAAGUUAGAAUGGACCUAGCAAAGAAAGCUGUCGAGAUAAGUGACUCGUCAGUUAUGCCGAAAGAGAAAGCAGGAGUAAAACCAAUUCAUUUUGAUAAUCUUAUUGCCAGCCCAUUCUUCCAGGCAUUUCGUGUUCACCAUAUGGCAAUCUAUUCCGAUUUGAAUAGACUUAUAGAAGUGGCUGCUAACGAUAUACAACAGAAACAUGAAUCCAUGACCAAUAUGGAAAACUCAUUUAUGAACUCUUCGGAAGAAUUCAAGAAAACAAUGGAAAAUUUGUACAAUGAAAUGGAGUCUAAGCUUAGUCAGGAGGAAGAAAUAAUGACCCAGAGGCUGGAAAAGAAAUGUGAAGAAAUGAAAAACCAGGUGAAUCAAAUUAUUGAAGAGAAAGAAGAACAAGCGGAGAUUUUAAAAGAGAAAUUAAAACAGAUGUCCAUGCUAUCAGAAGAUCUACAGAAGGAAACAGAAGAUGAUAAAUCUACUAUGGAAGAGGCAAGAACGCAGUGUCAAAGUAUGCUAGAUGAAAUAGAAGAAUAUGAACAAUUAAUCGAUGAGAGCAAAGAAAGCGUCAAAGAACUACAAAUGCAAACGAAAGUCGAGCAUUUAAAGAAGGAUAAGCAAGAUGUCAGUACAUGUCAGAAAAUUCAAGAAGAAAGGGAAGCUUUAAUAAAGAAAUUAAAUGAAAUAAGAGAGAUUAAUCGUUGUCUUCGAGAUCAGAAAGAUGAAACAGGUGAUGAUAAGGCUUCACCUGACUACGAUGAUAUACUCACACCUGAUGCAUAUAAAGCUACUGAGAAUAAAAUGGGCGAUGAAAUGUCAAACAAGGGACAGUUCGACAAGUUACCAGUGAAAGAUGAAAUCUCUGGAAUUGAGGAAGUCGAGGAGAUUGACCAACAACUGAAGGCCAUCAAGAUGGGUGAUGAAAACGAAAAGGAUAACCUUAGUAAAAAGUCUUAUGAGAAAGUUGAUUCCAAAGCACUGAUAUUUAAAGUAUUACUAAUAGGCAGUAUUGGUGUUGGAAGACAAGCUUUGCUCGACAAGCUAUUACAUUUUACCAAUCAACCGUUUAAUAAAGAUGCAAGUAAUAAAGGGAAUGUUGCCUUUCCAACUGAUGUGAGAAUUGUACUGUAUCAGCGUAAGCUAGAUGAUAUCAAUUAUUUAAUUCAGUUUAUGAAACCACCAGCACUAAACUUUAGUGAAAAAACAUACGGCAGUUUCUUCGAGAGAUCAGAUGGCAUCAUUCUUGUUUUCGAUAUUUGGACACAGGAAACACUAGCUGAUUUGGAAAAGUAUUAUUUAUCUAAUGAGAUUCAUAUAAAAACGGUUCGCAAACCGAUUUAUAUGCUACUGGGUAACAAAAGUGAUAUGGAGGAAACUGAUCCAGAAAAAAAUACCAGUCAAGUAUCUGAAAAACGAAUUACUGAAUUCGCCAAUAAAUUGGAUGGUGACUUCUUCAGAACGAGUGCAAAAACAGGAGAAAAUGUUCAGGAGUCUAUUGAUGCAUUCUUAAGGAGGUUGAAGACUGUUAAUGAGAAGGUCAACGAGUCGAAAGAAGCAGAAGAGAAUACCAGAACUGGAUGUUGCCGCUGCUGCUGCUUUCUAUAAUGACUGUACAGCUGAACAGAUUGAUUUGAUUGAUUGAAUUUCUCAUCGUUUUGUAAUUGUUUUACAUUCAGC